AUGAAUUUUCAUAUCGUUCUCUUACUCUUGUUGGUCAUCAUUAAUUUGAUGAUAUUUUCAUCAUCGGCUCUUGCAACGCUUUCCCUUGGACCAGAAGAAGCAAAUGAAAAAGCAACAAGAACAUCAUUCAUUCCAAAUAAUAAUAAUAAUAAUAACAACUUUGCUAGAGAACAACAGCUGAAACAACGUAGAAGGUUUCUUAUUAACAAUGAUCCAAUUUAUGGGAAAUUAAAUUCAUAUUUCCAUGAGGAGGAAACAAGAGCCUUGGCGACUACUAGAUAUUCAACAACAACAACUUCAGUGAAUGGAGAGUUCUUUUCGAAUAUUAGAGAAGAGCAAGAACAGUCGUCUGGUGUUCUCUCAUCAUCAGCAACACGGAAUGUUCAUAAAGAAAAUAAUGUAAAUAAUCAAACAAGAGGUUAUGAUAGAAGAUUCGCUAGGGAACAAUUGAUGGUCGAAGAAGUAUCUGCUACUGUAUCAUUAUAUGAUUCGGCUGCUGUGACUGCUAAAGCAAGCAUUCCUACAGUUUAUCUAUUCGAAAGUUUGGAUGAGACAAGUGAAAAUAAUACAUGCACAAGUGUGAAUUCUCCUUAUUUUCUAACACUACAACAAUCAAUUUUGGAAUAUUGCUAUUUUUCUGUAACAUCAAGGGCAAUAGAUAUAAAAUCAAAUACCAUGACCAAUAUUCGGAUGACUUUUGAUGCUCUUAGUAGAGUAGUAAUAAGAGAUAGCUCAUUUUCUGAUAGUACAGUACUCAUUUCAUCGAGUGAUUUGUUGAUUGGUACAGGUUUUGCAGAAUUUUCAUUCUAUAUCGUAAAUAUUAGCUUUUCGAGAUCGAGCUUAAUUGUCACCUAUUAUAGAAAUGGAAGAGCUCUUGUCUCUUCAAAACUUUAUGUGAUUGGAUGCAAUUUUUCUGGAAAAGCGCCAUAUUAUCAAGUAUCAGUAGUUGACUUUACAACAAUAACUAUUGAUAAUUGUAUAUUUAAUGGACUCAAUACCUAUUCAGAAUAUAGUGCCCUCUCAAUCAAGUCAUACUAUUCUAAAACUGAGGCAGAAAUAACCAGUACAACUUUUAGCAAUUAUUAUUCAAAAGCCUCAGGUGCAGCUCUUAAUAUUUAUGGUGUUGAAAUUGGAUACAUAGCCGAUUGUAUAUUCAAGAAUAACACAGCCCUCGAUAAUGGUAAGUAUGAAAUUGUAAUUAAUAAUAUUAAUUGUGCUUUUAAUAUAGGCGGAGCACUAACAAUUGACAGAGUUGGAUUAGCAACUGUUCAAUACUGUAAAUUUGUGGAAAACAAGUUUGAGAGUAAGAGAGAAAGUCAAUUCUUUUCAUAUGGUGGAGGUGCAUUAUAUGUUUACAAGUCAUUUAUUGAAUUAACCAAGAAUUUAUUCACUAAAAAUUCAGCUAAUGGACUAGGUGGUGCUAUCAUUGUAAAUACAGCCUGUAGUGUCAAGACAUCAAAUGAUGUGUUUGAUGAUAAUUAUUCACUCUAUGGAGGAGCUAUUGCUUACACAGAUUAUCAAUUGAACGAUUGUAGUAAUGUAGUUUUCUUUACUUAUAAUUCUACUUUCAUUAAUAAUAAGGCAAAGUAUUUUGGAGGAUUCUUCUUUGGGAGAAAGUUACCAGUCAUGUACUUUGAUACUUUUACCAGCUUUAGACUCAAUUCAGCACAAUUGAGCGGAGGAGGAAUUUAUUAUUUGGAAAAACCUGCUGCUAAGAAGGUUAUUAAUGGAGAUCCUGAAAAGCUUGGUUUUGGUAAUACAGGCAUGUACACUAGCUCAAAUAUUGAAUCAUUCCCAACUCGAAUGGAGGUAUACUCCAAGAGUAGCAUGGAAUCUCAGAGUGGCGUUCUAACUAAUAUGCACUUGUUGCUAUUGGAUGAAAACAACCAAACAACUCCAUACUUCCCUGGAAUGAUGGACUUGGAGUUACAAGCUGAUGGACUAUCUUUUAUUGUGACAAAGUUUACUUUUUCCAACACUAGUAGAACUCUCAAGUUGGACUAUACUUUUUAUUCCAAAACCGCUGAAUUUCCAUUCCAAAGCAAUCUACUAUUAAUUUUGAGAUUGAAAGAAUUUGAUAUUGCUCAAUAUUUUGAGUUCACUGCGACAACAUGUAAUAUUGGUUAUUAUGUCAUUAGAGAUGAGGACAAUGAAACAUUGUACAAGUGUAGCCUUACUCUUACGAUCACCCUAGAUUUGAAACCUGAGAAUAUCCUUCUUACAAGGGACAUGGUAGCUAAGGUUUCUGAUUUUGGCUUAUCUACCAUUUCAAAUCCUCAGAGAACAAUGACAUGCCAAAUUGGCAGUUUAUUCUAUAUGGCUCCAGACCUCAAUAAUACCAGCAUCAGCACUCCAACCCUGAAUAUCCUUUCCAAUGAAACUGUACCAAAUACAAGUCCUCCAACACCAACUCUUCAUCCUCUUUCAUACCCUUCUCUGGUAGCAAGUUUCAAUAAUUUUGAUAAUUCUUCCAUGUCUAUGCGAUCAGAGAGAGGAAACAUGACUAUUCGAAGAAUGGUGAGUCCUCCAACUACAGAUCCAGCACAAAACAAUACCAUUACACCUCCACCAACAGUUGCCAUACCAAUUGUUCCUCCAGUGUUGGCUGGAGGUGCUCAUCCACCUCCUGCUCACUUGUUGGGUGGAGCAGCUGCUAAUGCUCCAUUCACACCAGAUAGUUUGCCUUGCAUUCAAUUUACCACUAAUCUUUCGAAUAGUUAUUCAACCAUUGUAUCGACUAGACAUAGCCGAACAAUUGAGACUCACUCCUGUGGAGCUUCUACUCAACCAAACACCUCGGUUGAAUACAUUUUUUAUACGAAACACACUCAUCCUCAAUACACUUAUUUUGAGGUAAAGCUGGCAGAUAAACUCUUUUCUAAUGCGCAGUCAUCUGCUCCUGAAGUAGCUCUUGGUUUUGCACCUUUUGGAUACAAGGGAAUGGUCGGUUGGAUGAAAAACUCAAUUGGUUUCCAUGUUGAUAAUGGACGAGUUUAUGACGAGAGAGAUGCAACAAACGGUAUUGCAGAUCGUGUAUAUUUAGGAAGUGUCAGUAGAGGAGAUGUCAUUGGAUGUUUGCUCAAUCACAAGAAUGGAGAAUUUUUGGUUGUAAAGAAUGGUCAAGAAUUGCACAAUCUUUCACAUGGAACUGUCUUUAAGCAUGACCACUUUAAACAAUCUCAUCAAUUUUUGCCAACCAUUUCAUGUUCAGAUAUUCACUUGGAAAUGGAGGUGAAUUUGGGAUUGGACAUGGUACGAAAACCAUUCCUCUAUCCAAGAGUUGUUCACUUUAGACAAUUGGACAGAUUAUUGGCCAUGGUCAUUUCAGAAGAUCAACAAGUAACUUGUUCGAGUUUUAAUUUCACAGAUUUGAAAAUCACCACACAAACCAAUAUUGUGCAAUUUGAUUAAUAUUUCUCUGUUCAAUUGAAAUAAUAAAAAUGUAAAUAUUU